UAGCACUAUAUCAACUGCAAUUACGUUGAUUAUUCACUUUAGCAUUAACUUUAAAACUAUUUGGAAAUACUUCAUUAUGCUACUAGCUUAGCGAGACGUUUGUUUACCUUUUACUUCCGCGUCUAUCUGAAAGAAGGAAGUCGUGUCGCAAAAAGCUUUCAAUUGUCGUAGAAUGCGUCGUUUUCCAGCUAAUUUCCACAGGUCUGCUACAAGCUAGGUUGUGGUUGUUUUUAUGACUGACAUGGCCUCAGCUCCAGCCCAGCAGCCCACCCUCACUGUUGAGCAGACUAGAGUGGUACUGAGUGAGGUGAUCCAGGCCUUCUCAGUACCUGAAAACGCUGCAAGGAUGGAGGAGGCUCGAGAAAGUUCCUGCAACGACAUGGGCAAAAUGCUGCAGCUUGUGUUGCCUGUUGCCACCCAGAUUCAACAAGAGGUUAUCAAAGCUUACGGCUUCAACAAUGAAGGAGAAGGUGUCCUAAAAUUUGCCAGAUUGGUGAAGAUGUAUGAAACUCAGGACCCUGAAAUCGCAGCCAUGUCAGUUAAACUGAAGUCUCUCCUCCUGCCACCACUGUCAACACCACCUAUAGGAGGCGCCAUUCCAGCCUCAUAGGGCUUCUCCAUGGUCAACUGCAAGGUUAUUUUCAUCUAAUGCUUUAGAUUAACAUAAACAAACUGCAAUUCCAAGAUCUUGUUAUCUACUUUUCGUAAGAAACUCAUGCCUUAUCUACAUUAUGGUAUAUCUUAAAACAUCCUUGCUAAACCCCGUUAAAUUAUUGCUUUUUUAAAUGUGUCAGUAUUUAUUUGUUACAGAUUACAUUAUGAUCAUUUUCUUAUGUUACUGAACCUUGCACACCUUUCCUUUUAAAGCUUCUGAACACCCACACAUGUGAUUUCUGUUAUUCUGGCUGAUCAGACCUCUGCUCAGGUGGAAGGUGAGCCAGAGCCCAGGUGGGAAUUUAUUAGAUCACAAAUCUUAUCCCUAUCAGGAGACUCAGGAAGAUCUCUAUUAGCACGCACGCACCCACCCAUACCUGUGUGGGUGUUCAGGGCCUUUUGCCAUCUUUGGUUUUAAAAAAUAAUUUUAUACCAUUUUGAUAUGCUGUCAGAUGUAUCAGAUUUCAUUUUUUUAUGUAUUAAACAAUUUUCUGUGAA